UGGAGACGUGGGCGGGGUCAGCACGUGGCCGGCGUCCAGAGGCAAGCGAAGAGCAAAACCUGGUGUAGGCCGCGCUGGCCUGAGGAGGCCUUCUGAGUGCGCUGGCUCUCACCUGGACUCCUCCUGGGCGCCGUCCCGGAGGUCUCGGCCUUCUCAAGUGCAAGGCCCAGUAUGAUUGUCCUCAGCCUUUAAGUGGCUCUGCUUCUCUGUGAGCCCGGAAACAAGCGCAUAUGCUUCCGAGUAAGGCCCUGCGACUUCUGUGGCGCCUCUGCUUUCUUCUCUUGUACAGGUGCAGGUGUUAGAAGGGAAAAGACUUUCUGAUCCCUGAAUAAUCUCACUAAGACGUGUAUUAUCAAGCCACUGGUUGAAUUUUCAUCAAGAAAUGAAUUAGGCAGAGCAUGGAAAAGAAGGUUGUUGUCAGGUCUUUCAGGGAUGAUGAGGUGAAGAAACCUUGUUCUCCAAAGGCACUGCCCAAGAAAAAGUCUUCUGCCUUGUCUGGGAGAGUCCCAAGAACUACCUGUCCAGUGAAAUGUGGCACCUCACAUACUGGGACCAGAAGAGGUCGGUUAAGAGAAUUGCACAUCAGAUGCAUGGCCAGAAAAUUCUUGUAUUUGUGGAUUCGAAUGACUUUUGGAAGAAUAUUUCCUUCUAAAGCCAGGUUUUACUAUGAGCAGAAAAUACUACAGAAGGUCUUUGAAGGGUGGAAAGAAGAAUGGUGGGUUUCUCAUCGAGAAUGGAAACUCUGUGUUCGAGCUGACUAUCACUACAGGUACUACUUGUACAACCUGGUGUUCCAAAGUUGGAAGGCCUGUAUGCGUUGGCAGCAGGAGAUGAGGAGCAAGUAUAUGAAAGCCAAGGAUCAUGAUGCAAAGCAAAAAAUGCGACAGGCCUGGAAGGCGUGGUUGAUCUACGUGGCUGUUCGUAGGACCAAACUUCAGAUGCAUACCACUGCUCUGGAGUUUAGCCAGCAGAGUAUCUUAUGGAUGUGGUGGAGCAAGUGGAGGCAGCAAUUAGGACAGGCCCACAUGAACCAUGCUUUCUGCGGCACAGCUUUGAAGCACAGGGCCUUCAGCCUCAAGCUGCAGGCUUGGUCUCAGUGGAAGGAACAGCUCCUGCUGAGCCAGAGGGAGAGAUGGAAGGUGGUCUUAGCAGUACAACAUCAUCAGUGGUGGCAAAAGAGGAAGUCCCUGAGGGCCUGGCUUGAAUACCUGAACAUGCACAGAGUAAAGAAACAGCAGAAUGAGAUGGCUGAGCAAUUGCAUCGUGUCACUGUGCUCCAGAUACACUUCUGUGACUGGCGGUGGGCCUGGGAGCAGAGGCAGAGCUUGUAUGCCCACCAGGCCCUAGUGGAAGAGCUGGCCAGGAAGAUGGCACUGCGGAGAGCCUUCUUGCACUGGAGACGCUAUGUGUCACUGUGUACAGAAGAAAUUGCCCAGCGUGAAGUGGGAGAACGGCACCAGCAGCACAGCCUGCUGAAUUUUUGCUUUAGAGCCCUAAAAGACAAUGUGACCCAAGUCCAUCUCAAGCAAAUAAGAAAGAAUCUCGCACACCGGCAGCAUGACAUGAUGUUGCUACAUAGAUUCUGGAACAUCUGGCAGUCUCGGAUUGAGCAGAGGGCAGAAAAAGAGCAGCUCCCCUCACUGAAUAUAGCCUGGGCCCACUACAGGAUAACAGUGCUAUGCAAGUGUAUCAAAUUGUGGUUACAUUAUACUCAGAAGAGAAGAUACAAGCAGCUGCUGCAGGCCAGAGCAGAUGGUCAUUUCCAGCAGAGAACCCUGCCCGCUGCUCUCCACACAUGGAGUAGACUCUGGCGAUGGCACCAGCAGGAAAGUGUCCUCAGUGCAAGAGCAGCGUGUUUUCACAGGGAGGUGAUAGAGAAGCAAGUGUUUGCUGUCUGGUGGCAGAAGAUGUUUCAGCAUCGAGAAAACCACUUGGCAGAGAGAAUAGCCAUCCUCCAGGCAGAGAGGCAUCUUCUGCGUAGGUUCUGGCUUACCUGGCACCAGCGGGUAGCAGCACGUCAACAGGAGCGAGAAUGGGAAGCAGUGGCCUGUGCCCAGCACCGCGAAAGGCGGCUCAGAAAUGCGUUCUGCAUCUGGAAGGAGAGUGCCCAACAGCUCAGAACAGAGAGGAUAAGCAGAGUGCAGGCUGCACAAUUCCACUCAGGGCAGCUCCUGCGCUGGGCCUGGAGCAGGUGGAGGGAGAGGCUGGCCCUGCAGGCAGCUGAGCAACAGAAGCUAAUGCAGGCGGACCUGCACAGCCAGCGAGCCAUGCUUCGAAGAGCACUACAAAAAUGGCUGGCUUACCAGGGCUGGGUGUGGAGCAUUCUACAGGAAGUGACAGUCAGGGAGAGCCAGCACAACAGGCAGCUGAUUAGGUGGGCAUUGCAUCGCUGGAGGAAGAACACCAUGGCUCAUGCAGAUGAGGCCAGAAGAUCCUCUCAAGCAAGAGCCCACUACAGAAGGACCGUAUGUUCCAAGGUCCUGGUCCAAUGGCGGGAGGUGGCCUCAGUGCAGAUAUAUUACCGACAGUGGGAGGCCUGUGCCCUCAGGGAGGCCCAGAAGGUGCUGGAGAGGGGUUGUCUCUGCAUCUGGUUUCGGUGCUGGCAGGACCGUAGCCAAAGGGCUGCCCAGCAGAAAGCCCAGCUGGAGGGGGCGGCCCGGCAUCACCACCAACACCUGCUGCGGGAGGCGGUGGCACAGUGGAAGGCGUACCAUCUGGAGUGUGUCAGGAAAAAGAUCCUGCAGAGGCAGGGCUCCCAACUCCUGGCUCAGAGACUCAGCCAGGCCUGCUUCCACCAGUGGAGACGACAGUUAGUGGUCAAGAGGCAGGAGCAGCAGAGUACAGCACGGGCCCUGUGGUUCUGGGCUUUCUCUCUACAGGCAAAGGCUUGGGCUGCGUGGCUGGGCUUUGCGCUAGACAGGAGGAGGAAGAAGGUGCGGCUGGAGCAGGCAGUACAGGCCUACCACCAGCAGCUCCUCCAGGAGGGCGCAACUCGGCUCCUGCGCUUCACAGCCAGCCUGAAGGCCUUCCGGCAGCAGCUGCAGGCCCAGCAGCAGGUCCAGGCAGCCCAAAGUCUCCACCGUGCAGUCUGCCACUGUGCCGAGCUCUGGAAACAGAAGGUGCUGGGCCCAAGCAGGGAAUCUCAGCCCCUAGCACCCAUUGCAUCCAGCAGGAGAGUGACGUUUGAGGGUCCCCUUCUUGACUUUGUUGCUGCUGGAGCUGGGGAUGCCACCUUGGAAACCAAGAGGCUGCAAGUUCAACAACCUCGAGCAGCCCUGGGCAGCCUGGCGCUGGCUGCUGGGGAGCCCCAGCUUCUGGAGCUCAAUACCCGCUCAGCAAGGAAGCAGCCAAGAUGCCCACAUUUUCUGCUGAAGCCCAUGCAAACCCAGAGGUCUCCAGGGUGUGGCACCCUCAAGGGGCAUGGGCCAGAGAAGCCUCAGGAACAGGGCCAAGGCCUGGCCUGGCCAGCAGGCCAUUCUCUGACCAGAUCCUUCCUGACUGGGGCCCUGCCAAAUGUUCCUGGCCCAAAGCUACCCUCUGUGGCAAGUCCAAGCCCAAGCCCAGAACUACUGCCUCCUUCCUCCUUCGUGCCUCUCAGGGCUGGAGCACCAGCCUGGAUGUCAGCACAGCCCACCACCCCGGGGCCUAAACCCAAGGUCCCCCCAAUUCUGACCUGUGGCCCUGACCCUCAUUUGCUCCUGCCUGAGGACUUCACAGGCACCAGGGCCAGGCCUGAUCUUAGCUCUGAAGCUGCAAGCCACGUGGACCUUGAGGUCGAGCUCGAGGGGAUCCAGCAGCAAUUACAGCAGUACCAGACCACCAGGAAGGACCUCUGGUCCUGCCAGCGACAAGCAAGCAACUUACGAAAAUGGCUGGAGCUGAGCCAGGAGGACCCUAGGGCUGAGGACCAGGAUACAGAGCGGCAGAUACAGAAAGAGCUGGAGGAACCUGUCCCUCCCCUACCCCCAGGUGGAACUGCAGAUCCAGCAGCUGGCCAAGGAUCUUCAGGCCCAGCGCCAGCCCAUCCAUUCCUGCAUAGCACGCAUCCAGGCCUUACGGCAGGUUCUGUGCUAAUGCGUAGACAGGUGCUGUGUUGCAGGGUAGGCUUCAGACCACCUCCAGGAACAUAAAAUGACGUUACCAUGAGUUUUGUGGGUUUUUAUUAUUUCAAAAUGCCUUGCAAUUAAAUGAAUUACUGUUCA